UUCUAUAAUUCAUCCGAUAAGAUUUGGACAAAAUGCAUAUACAGAAGAAAUCCCGAUUAUACUAAAUAGUUUGAAAAAACUUACGUCGUCAAACCUCGAGCGUGACCUCUCGCAUGUGUAUUCUUGAUUCUCAAUUUUCUCAUAACUUUUGAAAGGUUUAGUAUAGUAAUCGUUAAAAAUGUGUAUUUUGCUAGUAGUAGUUGCAUAGCUGUUUUUCGUACGAAUUGCGAUACUUUUAGUGAAUAUCUUUGAAAAUGAUCAAAAUUUCAAAUCAAACGUCCUAACCUUCGAAUACAUGCGAUGUCUAUUAAUUUCCCGGAGAACACAGAGGAAAGCACUAAUUUCAAUGCAAGUGGUAGUCAGGAUUUGGAGUCCGGACAGCUCAACAGCAGAUUUCGAGGUUCUGAAGACGACUUUGAAGACGCUGAAAAUGUCCUGGAAAUCCCCGCUGUUGAAGUACACAAACAUUCGUUUAAAGAUUCACUGCAGGCGGAGAAAACCAAAGUUGCCGAGCUAAUUUCUCAAUUACCAGUCGUCAACUCCAAGCAGGAGGUUGUUGCGCGCAGUCUAGGUGAAUCUCGCACCUUUGAUCCGGAUUUUCGAGGACCGGUAAACCACAGGCAGUGCACUGACGUCCUGUGUUUGAUUGUGUUUGUGCUAUUUAUUGGCUUUUGGAUAUAUAUUUCCGUGUUUGCACUUCAGUACGGCGUCAUUGAACGGAUCAUGUAUCCGACCGACAGCCGCGGACAAAUCUGUGGGAAAGAUCUGGCGCAGGGGAAGCCGUAUUUGUUUUACUUCGAUUUGACACAAUGUAUGAGCGCCACCGUCCUCAUUACUGGCUGCUUGACGGAAACGAAAUGCGUAGAGUCAUGUCCGACAUCAGUAUUUUCCUGGAUGGAAUUUGCUGCAUCACCCAGUAAGAUUGACACAGCACGGCUGAUCUGUUCUGAAAGUAUCAAUGUCAGCCAGAUCCAGAACUUUCGUGAAUUAACAUCUGCAAUUUCUGCGCAACAGUGUGCAUCGUAUUAUUUUCCCAGUGGAUCGGUGGGAGGACGCUGUUUGCCCGGUUUGGGAAGACUGCAGAACGGAAGUCUAUUCAAAAUAUUUGAGGAGGAUAAUUUAGUCACUACAAGCAAUGCAAGGAACGAAACCGUGACUCAUCAGGAUGCUUUUAACGGCAGUAAAUGGUUGGCGACAGUUGGAGAAGCACAACUCUUCCUCGCAGACGCUAUUGACGACAUUAAAAACAUUUGGUGGCUUAUUCUAGUAUGCUAUUUGCUGGCGGGAAUUUUAGCGUAUAUUUGGAUUCUGGGGAUGAAAUGGAUGGCCAGCUGGCUGGUGUGGUUGGCGAUUGUCGGAUUUUUGUCAAUGUUGUCCUAUUUCGCCUAUUAUUGCUUUCACAUGGCGGAAACGCUGAAGGCCGUCGGUGGAACGGAUGGCCGACUGGUAUUCACUUUGGAUCUAUCAACUUACGCGACCAAACAGGACUUCUGGUUGGCGCUGGGUUCGGUUGUGUGUAUUGUAUUGGCUGUAAUUGUAUUGGUCAUCCUUCACCUUCGCCAAAGGAUCAAAAUUGCGAUAUCGCUGCUAGAGGAAGGCUCAAAAGCAGUUAGUUCCAUCAAAUCAGCGCUGCUUUUUCCGCUCUUUCCAUGUAUUUUGGAGGCUGCUACGUUGGCAUGGGGUGUCGCCAUAGGCUUGUACUUGAUUUCAUCGUACGUCCUGGAAGGGCGUAUCAUUGUUUCGGAUGAGGCACAUGUCGACGGUCUUCGUGAAAAUGAUACUUGUGAUCCAAAUAAUUUUGAGACCACUUAUCCAAAUUCCACCGCAAAGUGCAGGUUUACAUCGUAUUAUCCUCCGGCCGGCCUCCGCGCUUACGAAGUGGGCAACUUAUUCACUAUGCUUUGGACGAUCUUCUUCAUUGGAGCUGCCUCGGAUAUGACGCUGGCCGGAAUCUUUGCCAUUUAUUACUGGACGUGGGACAAGAGCCGCUUACCGACAGGCAUGAUUACAACAUCCCUGUGGCGAACUUGUAGAUUUCAUCUCGGGUCAGCUGCGUUCGGCGCUCUGCUUGUGACAGUCAUACGAAUCGUGCGUGGACUGAUCAACAGCAUGCACAAAAACAUCAAAGCCUUUAGCGGGAAUCAGACCGGUGCCCUUUUAAAGUGCUGUUUGUGUUGUCUAUGGUGCCUGGAGAAGUUUCUCAGAUUCAUCAAUCGAAAUGCGUACAUAGUGAUUGCUAUUUAUGGAAAAAGUUUUUUGUUCUCGGCAGAGGAGGCUUACUUCCUACUGAUGCGAAAUAUUCUGAGAUUUGUGGCGCUGGACAGUAUAACAGCUUUCAUAUUGUUACUUGGAAAGGCCGUCAUUGCUGGAUUACUAGGUGCAGCUUCGUACUACUACAUCCAGCAGCGUAUAUCCGUGUUUGGAUUAGAUGUUCCGGAAAUACGCUAUGUCGCUAUUCCAGUUGCGGCAGUGGUUGUUGGAACGUAUUUUAUUGAAACACAGUUCCUACAAGUGUACGAAAUGGCCGUGGACACAAUAUUUCUUUGUUUUUUGGAAGACAGUGAACAAAACGACGGAUCACCGGAAAAGCCAUACUUCAUGACACGAAAAUUGAUGAUGCUGUUAGAAAAAAAGACAACAGCGCCGUCAAUCGGCACCGAAAAAGAGCAACACCACAAUGAUCUGGCAGAAACACCUGAAAAGACUUAACAAGCCUCCUUCCCAUAAUUUCUUGUAAUCCGAUCCAUCCACCCGUUCGCGCCUGCGUAGCAGCGUUUCCCUCACGCGAUGAAACUGCACAUCUGGCCAUACAGGCCGAGGAACGUGUUUUCUGCUAAGUCAACAUGUCAAUGUUUUCUCACUGCCGCACCGCCAUUGUCAGUGCCCAGUCGUUUACGCCGAAUACAAAGUUUACAUUCCACCCGGCAGAACGCCGUGUUUUCAACGGCCAACCUUGAAAUCCAGGAAAGAAACCUUCACGAAACAAUAAUUUACGCUGAUAACAGCAAAAAUUUCUUAAUAUUGUCAAUAAGCAAAGCGUUACUGCUUUAUGAACAUAAAGAAACGCUUGACGUCGAAGUCACAACCGAGAUAUGUUGCGUAUAUAUAAAAC